AUGGGCGAACAGAAGCAGACAUUUCGACCCUCAUUCUUUGAGCGCAUCGCGAUCUCCAUCUUCCACCUCAUCAAUAGGGUGGUGCCAUGGUUCAAGCUUCCGACAUUCCUUGGAGCGAUUAAUCUCGCAUUGCUGAGGAUUGAGCUCCGGGGCUACAAUCUACACGAUGGUUACGCGUCCGCAUCUGAGCAAGGGUCUCCAGGGGACACACCUAUGAAGGAUGAGCGUUUCCAGACAGCUCGAAACUCGGAUGGUCAGUUCAACUCGCUGGAGCAACCGCGCAUGGGAUGCACAGGAAUGCGAUUUGGUCGUAACUUCUCCCGAGAGCACUGCCAGAAACCAACUGAAGAGGAAUUAUGGUCCCCGAACCCGCGAGUUAUCAGUGAGAAGUUCAUGGCACGCAAAGAAGGCAGGUUCAUCCCAGCGACAACACUCAAUCUGCUCGCCGCUGCUUGGAUUCAGUUCCAGACGCACGAUUGGUUCAACCAUGAGCUCGACCACGAGAACGAGCCUCACGAUAUCCCACUCCCUCCUGGCCACUCCUGGCAGGGGAAGAUGACAUUGCCAAAGACUAAGCCAGAUGAGAUCCUGGACCCUUCGGACGUUAAGUGUCCUGGCUACAAGAAUAUCAACACGGCAUGGUGGGAUGGGUCGCAGAUCUACGGAUCUACCGAGGAGGCAACACGUGCGCUCCGAACAUCACGGCCCGACGGCAAGCUAGAGCUCGCGGAGAACCGUACCGGGGCUUUCCUACCAAGGGACAAGGAUGGCAAUCCACGCACUGGAUUUAAUGAUAACUGGUGGGUUGGCAUGGAAAUGCUGCAUACCCUUUUCGCCCUCGAGCAUAACGCCUUGUAUGACAUGUUUCAAAACGCAUAUCCAAAAUGGACUGGAGAUCAAAUCUUUGACAAGGCUCGGCUUGUUAAUAGUGCAUUAAUGGCCAAGAUUCACACCGUAGAAUGGACGCCUGCUAUUCUUGCACACCCUAUCCUAGAACUUGGCAUGAACGCGAACUGGUGGGGCAUUGUGGGAGAGAAACUUACCAAAAUACUAGGACGAAUUUCCAAGAGCAGUGAGAUCAUUUCUGGAAUUCCAGGGUCUGGUGUGGAUCAUGAUGAUAUCCCUUUCAGCCUCACUGAAGAGUUCGUCUCGGUAUACAGGAUGCACUCCUUGCUACCAGACAACAUUGCAUUCUUCGAAGCCAAGCAUGGAAAACAUCAGACCACAACGCCCCUCGCAGACCUGACUUUCAAGGACGCGCAGAAGCCGCUUGAAUCGGGCAUCUCAUUCGGAGACCUCUUUUACUCCUUCGGGAUCAACUAUCCAGGAGCGAUCACAAAUAACAAUUAUCCUAACUUCUUGCGCGACCUCCACACCCCUGAUGGCCUCCAUAGAGAUAUGGGAACUGUAGAUAUUGUGCGUGAUCGAGAGCGUGGUGUCCCACGAUACUGUGCCUUUCGCCGCAUGCUGCGCAUGAGCGUACCCGAGACCUUUGAGGAGCUCACGGGUGGCAACAAGGAGCUCGCGGAACAGCUUUCGGAGGUGUACAACGGAGAAAUCGAAUUAGUUGAUACCUUGGUGGGAUCCCACAGCGAGCCUGUGAUCCCCGGGUUUAGCUUCAGCGAGACGGCUUUCCGCAUAUUCAUCGUUAUAGCAUCACGGCGUCUGAAGAGCGAUCGAUUUAUCGCCGGACAGUGGAAUGCAAAUAUGUACACCAAAGAGGGUCUUCACUGGGUGCAACAUACGACGAUAAAGGAUGUUCUGAUUAGGCACUUCCCAGAACUGGAAGAUACCCUGAAGAACAGUAAGAAUGCGUUCGCACCCUGGACGAUGAAGGCUGAGUCAAAGAAUUACCAGGGCAUCGAGACAAAUGCUAAGCAGAUUUAG